AAGAUGCAAUGCUAGAAAUGAAAAUAUGAUUAGACUUGGUAUAUUUAUUAGACCUUGAUAUAAAAUGUGAAGUAAGGAAAAUUUUCUAAUAAAUUACGAAGAGUUUGUACACAUUUGAUUGGCAUAGAAGGUGAUCUUUAAUUUUUCCCCAGAAUAUUCUUUCUCUCUGAAUCUUUGCUUUCCUGCUCCGCAUACUCAUAGCCUUCUCUCCUCUCUUCGUACUUCGUCUAAGGAGCGACGCCCCCACCAAUUGCAGUUCUCCAUUGCACGCCUUUUGCUGACCAUGGCCUUCGCUAGUGACAGUUUGUUCAUUCUCUCCUCUCAUCCGUCGUCGGGACUCACUGUUCACUCAUAUUCCUUGGUCGUGACCCCUCGUUAUAACAUCUACAGAUUCAAUGGAGAGGAAGAUAGAGUGCUGGAAAUUAUUGAAUGGAAGUAUCUGCCUUUGUGCGUGUGUGCAAAGUGGCUGAAACUGAAGGUGGUUGCAGUGCUAAGAUUGAUCACUUGGGGCAGACUAAAAGACCUUGUGGUAAAGUUGAAAAGGGGCAAAAGUUUCCUUUCUCUGUCAGGAGUAAUGGUGCUGAGACUGAACUUUGUAACCAGAGUCAACUUAGUCAGAGAAGUAGAGUCAGAGAUUGGAGUUUCAUGAGAGGAUCAAGAGUUGCUAUGAAACCAAAAAUCUUGAGAUUGGCUCCUUCUCGAAAAGUCCCUCGUCUAUAUGCUUCAUGGUUGUCAGGAUCAGAACUUGCUAGCACUGCCUUUACAUUAGGAACAACCGCAGUGCUUCCAUUUUACACACUAAUGGUUCUAGCUCCAAAUUCUCAACUAACGAAGAAGUCUAUGGAAAGUAGUGUACCAUAUAUUGGGCUUGGAGUUCUAUAUGCAUAUUUAUUGCACCUUUCUUGGACCCCUGAGACAGUUGGACUUAUUUUUGCAAGCAAAUAUUUGCUACCAGAGCUGACUAGUAUAGGGAAAAUGUUCUCCAGUGAGAUGACUUUAGCCUCAGCAUGGAUUCACCUUUUGGUUAUUGAUCUCUAUGCUGCAAGACAUGUUUUUCUGGAUGGACUUGAGAAUCAGAUUGAGACAAGACAUUCAGUUUCUCUGUGCUUGUUCUUUUGCCCUAUUGGUGUUCUUACUCAUGUCAUCACCAAAGCAACGACUAAAAGUAGCAGAGAAAACAAGAGUGGAUUAUAGAGGGAACAUGCUUGCACUCCCACAGAACCAAAGAAAAAUUUUAUUUUAAGUUUAAGAAUUUCAGAAAUUCAUGUUCAAGUUUUUAAACUUGUAUUUGUCAUUAGAAUUCCUCCAUCAAAAUAUCAUAUUAUUAGUAAAUAGUUCAAUCUCAAGUGUAUAAAUUAUCUUUCACAGAAUGUUCUCUACAAUUUUUCUUAAGUUGCAGCAAAUUUUCGAUUUUUACCAGACCUUCUUGCCAACAUCAGAAUCAUCAGGCACGUCACAUUACUAGAAGAAUUUUUGGUUAAUUUUAUGUUAAUUUUAUGUUAAAUGACAUAAAAAAAUCUGUUCUUUUCAAUAGUA